AUGCGAGCGUACUCACUCAUUUUCUGUAUGCUUUUUCGUGGCUUUUUUAUGUAAAUACAACGUCGACAACAAAAUAUUUAAUUUAAACUGUCUGGAAUAACUCGUCUGAAGAAGAAGGUGAAGAAGAAGAAGAACAAGAAUAAAACGAAGACGAAUAUUUUAAUGUCGUUUUGAAACAUGAAUCAGUUUUUGUUUGGUUGCUUUUUAGUGCUCCAUAUUAGUUUAAACAUAGUCUGUUAUCCUGCGGCUCAGAAGCUAACUAUUAUGGACCAGAUCUACGAAGAAAUUGAAAGCUACGUGAAAAGUAAACGAGACAGCAUUGUUCGAAGUGAAGACGUAAUAAAAAACCCAGACCCAACACAACUCUCUGACCAACACAAUGAAAACAUCACUUCAGAUAACGCAGCCAAAAUUGUGAACAGAACUAAAAACAUUGAAAAUGUUACAGCAGAUGAGAAAACGAACGAGCUUGAUCAUUUUUUAUCCAGUGGUCAAAGUAACAGUACAAAUUCGACUUUUUCCCAAGACGAGGAUACAAAUGCUAGUAUUAACGAUUUAAAUGAGGAGCUACAUCAAAACGAUGCUGAAUCUAACGAGUUGAAAUUUAACUCGACGUCGAGUGGUGCGAGUAAUAUCACGUAUAACAAUGACCAUGAUUUAGCCGACUACAACGUGGAUGACGGCAGUUCGUAUAUUGAUGAUAAAAACGAUGCAUACAAAGACGAAGGUAGCGGUUUAUAUUCAGAAAACGUCGCAGACAUUUCGAACACAUCAGACGUCAAUUAUACGGUUGCUAAUAAUAGGAUGAAUAUUUCUACCAUACGCCGUAACAAAUUACUGGAUUCUUCUAAUCUUACAAAAACGAAAAUAACGACGAAUUAUUUACAUGAUAACGCCAACACGGCGGAUAAUGUACGUCAAAAUACAACAAUGAACGCCGGUUUAUCGCGAGAAAUGGAAGAUAGUCCAUUAACCGACGAUGAAGAAGAUUCCGCAGAUGACUUAAAUAAAAGUUUUAACGGCGAAACAAUCAAUAUCAAACAAAAUUAUGACGAUGUCGUUGAAAAUGCCGACACAAGAAACCAACAAACUCCUGUCAAGGAAGAUAAAUACCCCAAUAUUCGAAGUAAGAAUCGAGGUAUUAAUAACUACACCACUUCGAAUUACCCGUCGUAUGAAGAUUCCAGUAACGGCAAAGAGCAAGUUUCCUUCCGUGCCGUCAACAUGACGGUUAAGGAAAGCCCAAUUGGUACGCAAAGUCAUUAUUUACUGAACACCAAAAACAAAGAUAACAUUGAAACCAAACAAAACGAUGACGACACCGACACCAAUAACGGCAUAAUAAGUCACCGACAAAGUACCUUGGAAGAACGCAACGUCACAAAUGCGACACCGAAUGUGAUUACGACGGAUAAUAGUGACGCUAAAAAUCACCACCGGAAAAGCUCGGCGUCAUCGGGUGGACACAACAACGUAAAGGAGGAAGACAACGACAUUCAAUUAAAUCUGUUUAAACCGAUGAGUAAAGAAAACGAUGCCGUUAUGAGCCUUGUCAAUGUUUCUGACAGUUUAGCUUCGAAUUCGACAAAGGAAUGGGAAAAUGACGACCCGUCAGACGACUAUUCUAGUAGCGAUAACGCGACGCUUGACAGUGAUUCGCCAGCUCCCGUCUACACGCCAUGGGGAUUGAGUCGAGAGUCCAGUAAACCAGAAGCUAAUAUUACUGUCAGAAAUGCCACCGAUGAAUUUAGUGAUAAAUUAUCACCAGAAAAAUACCACCAAGACAGCUCUAAAAUUUCUAACGUACAAGCAAAUCAAACUGGUAGCUUCAGUAGGACUUUGGAUGAAGAAGGAAAUGACAAAAACGUUUUUCUUCCCAACUCCGAGAGUAUUCCAGUCAAUAACAGUGUCAAUGCUCAUGAUUCAGACGAUCAAGAACCUUUAACGAUUAGGAAAGAAUCAGAUAGCGCUGUCAAUGUACUAAAAGCAAUCGUUGGAGAUCUCGGUGAGAAUGAUCAAGAUCUUAACGUAUUACUUUCAGACAAGGAUGGAGUUCCGGGAAAACAAAGAGUUGACGGUUACCCGAGAAAAACACCGGUUGGUGAGAGCAAACUUUCAAAUGUCACAGUUAAAAUGCCCUCCUUUCGCAAAUUUGGUAGGUUGAAGAAAAAUGCAUCAAUUUUUUUAACUGACACAACACAUAAAAGUGAGGAUGAUGGAGAAGUUCGAACGAAACGAAAUAACUAUUAUGAUCAUAAUCAUAAUAUGAUGGGGAUGCAUAACCACCCAUAUCAUUCUGGUGGAGAUUUCAUGCAUGGUGGAGGCCAUGAUGAAUUUCAUUCCAUUGAUGAACAUGGCGGACGAAUGGAUUUAGGAAGUGUUGAGAUGGUUCAACAGCCUCAAGUAAACGUACACGAAAGUCCUCACUUUGAUAUACACGAGCAGCCUCAUUUCCAUCACAUUGAGCCUCAUAAUGAAUAUAAACAAAUACACAACGAGCCUCACUAUUACCACCAAGACGUUCGACAUGAACCUCAUUACCAUAGCAACUAUUAUCACGACGACCCGCACUACGAACAAAAUGACUAUCAUUACCAUGACAACCAUCACGAACAUUACCACCAUCAGCCGCAUUAUUUGCAUAAUGAGGUACAUAUACAUCAUGAUCACGAAAAUUUCCAUGACGAACCUGAAGAAUAUCACAGUGGAGAUUCUGAAAAUUAUCACAACAGACGUUUCCAUCACGUCAAAGUGAAAUUGCAUGGCCCAGGUAAAUCUCCAGAUGAAUGGGCGGAUCAAGAACAACAAGAGAACUCGGACAUGCCACAGGGAGAACAUGAUGAACUUAAUAAUUAUGACACAGGUGCAGGCUUUUUCCAGCUUGAUGAAAACGGAGGAGAUGUAGAAAUCACUUCGUUGCAUAAAACAGGCACAAAGGUACACAUGGGAGGAGGGCAGUUUAGUAUUAUACGUGAUCCAUGGCGAUAUCAUUCAGCAUUUGCUGGCAUGUUUCAUCCACAUGAAAGCGUAGGUAGGAGAGUGGGCUCCAACGGUGGAGAGGGUAUUCAGCAAUUUCAUCAACAUUUCACAUACAUUAACAAUAACAGAAAUGAGAAUCACAAAGUUCAAAAUUUGGUACAUCAUGAACACGAACCGGAGCACGAACACCACGAACAUCAUUAUCAAGAACACCAUGACGACCAUCAUCAACAUCACGACCACGAACAUCACGGUGAAGGUGACGGCGACGACGACAAUCACCACGACGACGACCACCAUCGUCAUCAUCAUGAGGAGGACGAAGAUCAUCAUCAUUAUGAGGAACACAAACUUGAUCAUCAUCACCUUAACGAGCAUCCCCGCGAAGAUGAUGGUUACCAACGUGAUAUCAAGCUUUAUCCCGGCAGCGACUUACAUGCGACGGAUCAGGAAACUGGAACGCCAAGCCGCGACAACAUGCGUGAAGAUCGAACACCUAACACGGGUGAGAAGAGAACGACACAAGAGUCGCGCGAUGUAGCCCAAAUUACGCCUAGAGAUGCUGAUGUGUCAUCUGGUGAUGAUAACGCGGUAAAGCGUGACUACAUGGGUUUCAGCACUAACUUAGGAAAUUUGACACUAAACGAUGUAAUUGACGCGGAGGGACCUAAAAAUGCGUACUUCAAAGGAGUGCAACAUGAAAACGAGGUGGAUUCAAGUGGCGAGACUAGCAUAGAGGAUGCAGAGGGACGUGGAAUAAAAGAUAAAGUCAAUUUUGAUGGAAAAUCUGACACAAAAAAUCCGAAUAUACUUAACAUACAACAGUUUCACGUGAAGGGACCAUCAAACCCUGAGCCCUGGGUGUCAAGGGAGUUUGUUGAAUUUAUUUCUCCCAUGGUCGUUAAAAGAACGAUGCUAAAAACACAGAACACAAACGAGUUUACAAAUAAAAAAACUAAACAGAGACGCGACAUGAUUAGAAAAGUAUUUUUUAGUAAUAGAAUAACUUAAUAUUUUGAAACGCAAAAUAACCUUUUUAUAAAACACGCAAUGUUUCAACCUCGUUCCCAGGGAAUUUUGCCUUGUUGAUGAAGUUGAUCCACUUUGUAAUAACGGCACAGGGGUCACAAGAUUCUGGGGACGAGGUUGGCAAUAUUCUUUAGUAUGACAAUACUAGUUUUGUUUUUUCGUAACCUCUAUCCCAGGGCUUGUUAGCUCUUUAUAUUUUGACUCCGUCCUAAUAAUAAAAGAGCAAACAAGCCCUGUAACAAGGUUGGUUGUUUGGUCACGGCGCAACCUCGAUCCCAGGGCCUGUGGCGUUUAUGAGGAUGGUAGAAACACUUUCGUAUUAAUCCACCCUUUUCUGUGUACAUGCAUUCAAGUUUAUUUACACCCUUUUUGUAUAAUACUUGCAUAUUACAUUAGUUUUCAAUAUAAAAUGGUUGUUAAAAUAAGACAUUUCUUUUUUUUUUUGCGAUGCGUGUUUAGGAUUUCGCUUGAAAACGAGGACUGCAAUCGAUCCGCUGGACAUGCUUAACGAUUUUCGUUAUAACAGCAACGAGUCUAUAAAAAACGGUAAAUCUUCUCAAAGAAAGAGAUCUGCUCCAGUAAGUAGUACGCAGAUCUUCAGACCCCUAGGUGUCUUUCAUGAACCCCCGCAACCACUUUGGUACAACCUUAAGAUCCCUGGGAACGAGGUUGACAUUGAUACUGGUGGUUUGAUCACUAAAGUGUCUGUCCUGUAUAAAUAUAUAUAUGUAGAAAAUGAAUGAUUUUUUAAAGAGAAGUAAUCAUCACCCUAGAA